AUGUACAGGCCUUAUCACGUCUUGCUCUGGUUGGCGCAAGCAUUGGACCUCGCCUGUCCAGUACUAAAAGGACAGCCACUGAAGCGCAAACCGUCGACGGGCUCCCUGCGUACGAUGGCAGAUAAAACCAGGCCCCAACGCUUCUUGAAGUUCAUUGAGGUGCCCAUUGACCCCAAUGCUACUUACAAGAAUGACCAUUGGACAAACAGGGAUCUCAUUCCUAUGCCUGCGGACAGACGCACUUAUGCCAUAUGGUCAUAUUUCAUCUACUGGUGCAUUAGCGGCCUGUGCAUUUCUGCGUACACCACGGGCAGCACUUUGCUCGCAUAUGGUCUGACCGCCGGGCAAGCUAUUGGCGCUCUGGUGAUAGGUGCGGUCGCGACGGGUUUGCUCUCUAUCUCGUGCGGCUGGAUGGGGGAAAGGCACCACAUUGGGUUCACCGUCGCCUCGAGAUUUACAUGGGGCAUGAGAGGGGCGUAUUUCCCUAUCAUAAUCCGGACGUUUACCUGGGAUGGUCUCCAGGGAUACUGGGGAGGUCAAGCCAUGGCUGUAGGACGUUCCUCUCUUAGUGGCUUUAUGGUUCUGAUCAAUCACGAUUCACUCGCUGUAGGUGACAAUUGGAGCCAUCAUUCCUGGUCGGUCAUUCUUUGA